GUAAAUGAUAUAAUGAAUGCUAAAAGAAUCCAUUUCUGCGGUAUCAGAAUAUAAACUUCUCUCCGUGAGGUUGUUGAUUGAAGCUCCAUCUGUAUCACCAGGUUUAAUCGUCUCCUUUCUCGGCACCUUUGGGAUACGCACUCUUAGUGUAGCUCCGUCAAAUAUCUUUGUUAUGCUGUUAACGUCUCCAUCUUCUGGCACAUUGAAGCUCUUUUCAAAAUGCUCUUGUUUCUCAUCAUCUACCUUUGUCCUUCCGCUUACUACUACGAUCCCAGAUUCAUUGACAUUCAGCUUAAUAUCCUCUUCCUCAAAACCUUCAAACAAAACAUACUUGUAAAAUUUGACCAUGCAUCUCAUGCAAGAUAACUAUCUUAAUAUUGUACUAUUACGUAUUAUGAGUUAUUGUUAACAUGUGCCCAUCAUUAGAAGAUCCCUAAAUCAAUGUGUGAUAUGCACUAAUCAAUUGUGUUUUACUAUUCUUCUUUAAAAACGAGGCCAUAUGUAUAGUACGCCAAAUGUCUACAAUUUGCUAAAAUUGGAGCAAAAAGUGUACAUAUUUUUACCACCCCCUAUAAUUUUUCUGUUUUUUUAAUUUGCCAAUUUUUGUCACAUGUACAUAUUUUUACCACCCUCUAUUAUAUUUUCUGUUUUUUUAUUCGCCAAUUUUUGUCACAUUCACCUUUCUUUACUCUCUGCUUCCCAUUUCCUUUUUUUUCUUUCUUGUUUUAGAAUUUCUUUCCUUUAUACCACUAUUUUGCAACUAACAAAAUUGGACUUUCAAUCUUGGGUAAUUCAGAAUAGAUUAAAAACACUCUAAAAAAAUUUAAAAUAUUAUUAUAAAAAAAAAAAAAAAAAAUUAAAAAAAAAAGGAAUUUGUUAGGAGAUAAAAGAAAGUUAAAAAAACAGAAAAAAGAAUGACAAAAGUUACAAUAAUGUGUAUGUUCUUGUUCAUAUUUGUUUCAAUCAUCCUUCCCCUACAUGUACAGGCUAACAUUGGUGAUUUCGACGACCAUUGGAAAAAUCGAGAGCAGCAAGCAAAGAUGAAUGCAGCUAAGGCUUAUGAUCCCAAUCCACAAGAAGCUUGUCACACGCUUAAUAAACAAGUUCACGAGAACUACCAUGAGACGAGCAACAACAAUACAAGGAGGGGCUUAGGGAAGUAUGAUGGUCAUUGCCUAGCCGCGAACCCUAUAGACCGGUGUUGGAGAUGUGACAAGCACUGGUCCAUGAACCGUCAAAAGUUAGCUGAUUGUGCUAGAGGGUUCGGUCACAAGACCACCGGGGGUAAAAAGGGAAGAAUCUAUGUUGUGACCGAUGACUCAGAUGGUGACCUACUAAACCCUAAGCCAGGAACCCUCCGCCAUGCAGUCAUCCAAGAUGGACCACUUUGGAUCACUUUCAAGCAUGGCAUGGUGAUUAGGCUAAGUGAAGAGCUCCUCGUUUCGAGCAACAAGACGUUAGAUGGCCGUGGAGGGCACGUACACAUAGCCGGCGGGGCUGGGAUAAUGUUACAAUAUGUGGAUAAUGUGAUCAUACAUAGUGUACAUAUACAUGAUAUUAAGAAGGGAAAUGGAGGGCUUAUUAGAGAUUCUAUGAGCCAUUUUGGGUUUAGGACUGCUAGUGAUGGUGAUGGUAUAUCUAUUUUUGGAUCGACUAAUAUUUGGAUUGAUCAUGUUUCUAUGUCAAAUUGUAUGGAUGGCUUGAUUGAUGCUAUUGAGGCUUCUACUGCUAUCACCAUCUCCAAUUGUCACUUCACCGAUCACAAUGAUGUGAUGUUGUUUGGAGCAAGAGAUGGUAAUACAUUGGAUGAAUUAAUGCAAGUAACAAUAGCAUUCAACCAUUUUGGGAAGCGUUUGAUACAAAGAAUGCCAAGAUGUAGAUAUGGGUUCUUCCAUGUUGUUAACAAUGACUACACUCAUUGGGAAAUGUAUGCCAUCGGAGGAAGCCAACACCCUACUAUCAUUAGCCAAGGAAAUCGCUUCAUAGCACCUCCUAAUCUCUUUGCUAAAGAGGUGACUAAGAGGGAAUAUGCACCAUAUAGUGAGUGGAAGAAUUGGCUAUGGACGUCGGAUGAAGAUAUAAUGUUGAAUGGAGCUUUCUUCAAUCAAUCUGGAGAUAAAACAAAGAAAUUUGCCUACACUAGGCAAGACGUGAUCAAAGCAAAACCCGGAAGUUAUGUCAAGCGUCUUACACGCUUUGCUGGUGCUCUUAAUUGUAAGGAAGGAGAAGCAUGCUAA